GUCGUCCACGCCGUCGCCGCCGUUGCCCGUGCAUCGCGACCUCCGGUUCCACCCUCCGUCUCACCGCACAACUCAUCCAGCUUGACGUCUCUCGCUUUUAUCUCUUCUCUCUUGUCAGCUGGCGAUUACUGCGACCGCCGAGCAUGGGUAUUCAGUUCGGUUCAUUCGACAGCAUCUGCGAGACCGCCGCGCUCGUCAUCUGCCCUCUCGUCGGCUCAGCACAAGGCAUUGAGCCUACGUGCUACAGCAGGAAUGUGGACAUUGCGGGCACGCUCAUAUUUCAGCCUUCAACAUGUUUCGUCCACAUCGUCGCCAUAAUAAUGACCGUCAUAAUGAUAUACCACAUCCGUAGUAAAUAUACCGCCGUCGGACGAAGAGAGAUCGUCAUGUUCUUUUACCUCUACGCUAUCAUUGAGCUUCUCGCAAUAUUCCUCGAUUCCAACAUCAUACCCACAGCCAAUGCCAGCUAUCCGUGGUUCGCUGCAGUAUACACUGGCCUGGUAGCAGCAGCGUACUGCUGCCUUCUCAUCAACGGUUUCGUGGGCUUCCAAUUCGCAGAAGAUGGCACGCCGCUCUCGCUCUGGCUGCUCCGCAUCUCCUGCCUGGUCGUCUUCGGCGUCUCGUUCUUCCUCGCCAUCGCGACCUUCAAAGGCUUCGCCGGCUUCAGCUUCUCCAAGCCGAUCGCGCUCUGGAUCGUCUACAUCCUCUGGCCGCUCAUCUGCGCCGUCAUCUACACCGUCUCCCAGCUCGUGCUCGUCUUCCGCACGCUCGACGACCGCUGGCCGAUCGGCGACAUCGUCUUCGGCGCCGCGUUCUUCACCAUCGCCCAGAUCCUCCUCUUCGCGUUCAGCGCCACGAUCUGCGACGCGAUCAAGCACUACAUCGACGGCCUGUUCUUCUUCCACCUCUGCAUGCUCCUCAGCGUCAUGAUGGUGUACAAGUACUGGGACAGUAUCACGAAAGAGGAUCUGGAGUUCUCCGUCGGCUCGAAGCAGGCGGUGUGGGAGGUCAAGGACCCGCUCCUCGCGGACUACCCCGAAGACGACGUGCAGAGCAACUACUACGCCGGCGCACCCGCGAGCAUCGUGGGCGGCGGCAACGGGCAGCAGAUGUAUGGCAAGGCGGGGUACGGUGGGCGAGGGUACCCGCCGAGCUCGGAGAGGUACUGAUCGUCGUCGUCGUCGUCGGUCGUAUCAUGAGAUACCGGACUUUUUCGUCGGCAAGGACGCUGUAUCAUCCCUUUGGUCGUAGCUACUACUUGAUCUCUCUUCAACACGUACGCCGAUCUGGACCCGCUUGAUUAUCGUGCUCGGUAGUGUUGACCUGGCAUUUCGGUUUCACGCGGAGCGAGGGAUCCGCGAGCAACGUCAAUAACACUGACCAUAGUGAUACAUCGUAGUUGACACAGAUCGCGAGCACAUGCAUAAGACUCAUCGGCCUCGUAGGCGCACAAGAAAUGUGAUACUG